GGGUAGGAAUGUGGCUUGCAAAAAUGCAAUAAUACCUAUUGUCGUAUUCUCUAUUAUAUGUACAGGUGUCAACAUGGAAGAGGAAAGUGAGAAUGAGGGAUAUAAUUCUCAAGAGGAGAAGAAAACUGGUUCUAAAAAUUAAAGGAGAUAAUCACAGAAAUUUUGUAGAGAAUUUGAAAGUGGUCCUCAACUUAAAGGCUGGGUAAAAGCUGGCUCAUAAGGAGAUGGUUAUGCUUACUGUAGUGCUUGUGAUGUUCACCUUAAACUGACUGCUGGUAAAUAUGGUCUAGAAAUGCACAGUGAAAACAAAAAGCACUUAGGUAACCCAAAGGCAGCUCAAGGUCAAAGCUCCCUAACAAGCUUAUUGGUGUCCAAAACUGAUGAUGAUGUUAAAGAAGGUGAAUUACAAUUUGCAACAUUUAUAACAGAGCAUGAUUUACCCUUGUCUCUUAUCGACCAUCUCCCCAAACUAAUUCAAGCUGCUUACAAAGAUUUAAAGAUUGCAGAUAAAAUUAAAUGUGGUCGAACAAAAACAACUGGACUAAUCAAUAAUAUGACUGGACAAGAAUAUCACGAGCAACUUACUAAACUUCUGCAGGACAAAAUUUUUUUAUUAAUUGUAGCUGAAUCUACUGACAAAGGUUGUGUUAAACAUCUGUGCAUGGUUGAUAAAUCUACUGACAAAGGUUGUGUUAAACAUCUGUGCAUGGUUGAUAAAUCUACUGACAAAGGUUGUGUUAAACAUCUGUGCAUGGUUGAUAAAUCUACUGACAAAGGUUGUGUUAAACAUCUGUGCAUGGUUGAUGAAUCUACUGACAAAGGUUGUGUUAAACAUCUGUGCAUGGUUGAUAAAUCUACUGACAAAGGUUGUGUUAAACAUCUGUGCAUGGUUGAUAAAUCUACUGACAAAGGUUGUGUUAAACAUCUGUGCAUGGUUGAUGAAUCUACUGACAAAGGUUUUGUUAAACAUCUGUGCAUGGUUGCAAGAGCUAAUGAUAAUGAUAGUUAUUGAUUUUUUUCUGGGCCUCAUUCCCUUGAAAGAUACUACAGCUGACACACUGUACAAUAAUGUUGUUACCUUCUGCAAUGAUAAUGGCAUUCCCUACAAAGACAAUCUAAUAGGAUUUGCUGCAGAAGAUGCCAACUCAAUGUUAGGAGCACAUCAAUAUCUUUCAUCCUUAUUGAAGGCAGAUGUCCCUCACUUAUUUAUGAAGUGCAUAUGCCAUUCAUUUGUUCUAUGUGCAUCCUAUGCAUUUCUAAAGCUUCCUCAGUCAAUUGAAGAUUUAGCAAGAGAUAUAUACAGUUAACUUCAAUUGUAGCUCUAAGAGAGUAGGAGAGCUAGAAGAAUUUCAAAUGUUCACAAAUGUAAAAUCACACAAAUUAUUGCAUCCAUCCCAAUGCUCUAAGACUCUAUUUCACUAAUGCAGUCUUGUGUGAUAAGCUUAUUGCCACUGAAACAAUCCUAAAAACGUUGUCUAACCCUGUCACAAGACUGCACCUCCUCUUCCUGGGAUUUGUCUUGUCAGUGUUUAACAAAGCAAACAAGCAAAUGCAGUCUCAGCGUACCCAAAUUCAUGCCCUGUAUAGUUUAAUUUCAUGUACUCUAAGAACAAUUUUGGACUGUUACAUGAAACAGAGUUACCUUUCAAAGACACCACUGAAGCAAAUGAGAUUCAGAGAUCUGAUUAAUUUAAAACCAAUCUGGGUGUCAAAGUAGGGAUGGAAGUAAGAAGUUCAAACCAGUAUGAAAAGGACGACGUAAACAGGUUUAGGUUAAAUUUUGUAGCGUUCUUCAUCGAAGCUGCCACCCAGAACUACAAGAGACAUUAUUUUGAGUCUGUAAAUGUAGGAUCUUUGAAAGCUGUAAGUCCAAAAGUGGUGUUUGAUAAGGAAAUCUCAUCACUGGUUAAUCUGUCACAGAUCUAUGACUAUAUUGCUACAGAUAUUCAAGCAAUAAACACAGUGGAGGCUGCCAAGUAAUUCUGUAGGAACUCUUGUUGAGGUCAAUUCCAGUAUGAAACCUGAGGAAUUUUGGAGUAAAGUAAAGUAGGUGAGACCAAACAAAUGGGAAAUAGGCGCUCAUAUUCCCUAAUCUCUCCAAAUUCAUGAAGAAACUCCUUUGUUUACCUCACUCUAGUGCCACUGUAGUGAGGGUUUUUUCAGCGAUCAAUAUAAUGAAAACCAAAACAAGAAAUAGACUGUCAACAGAGACUAUGAUAGGCUUGCUCCAGACUAAACAGCUGUUCAGGGAUUCAUCUAGCUUUGACUUUAAGGUAAUUAAGUCUUUGCCUCAUAGAGUAAAAGGGUGGAAGUCUUAAGGAAUAAGCUGAUGGAUAAUUGGCCUUCCAUUGUGAUAAUAGCAUAUGCCAGUACUGUAUAUACUUCAUUGUGUUCAUUAUUUGUGGGUUUGCUAAGACAAAAAUAUACAAUACAGUACACCGCACUUUCUCCAUAGCAUACCUUGGCUUACGAUUUGUAUUUACUUGCAUAUUCACUGAAGAAGGAAGCUUUCGGGAAUUUUACUUUGUUCUAUACUACAGCACACAGUAACUCUCAGUCAAGGUAGCUAUUGUUUAUUUGUAUCAAGUCCUUUAUACUGUGUUGAUUGUAUUGGUUUAUUCAAAAACCUAUCUGUACAUUAUAUACUGUACAGUAAACCCUCGAAGAUCAGGACCCGGUAAAUCCAGAUUUCGGAAGAUUCGGGCAAAAAAGUUGAGUGGGUUCUGGGCUAAGAAGCCUCCCUGAGAAGCAUUCCCAAAACAGGGUGAAGGUAG